UGGGAUUAAAGGUGUGCGCCACCACUGCCCAGCAUCACAUCUGGCUAUGCCAGGCAUGCCAGUGAAAGCAAGUUGUCUGUCAUGGAGAACAUCACAUGCCACCUGGAAAGCUGUCCAGGAUUGGAAGAUAUUAAAAGGAAAGUUGGAAGUGACAAAAUCCUCUGGAGGAAACAGCCCAGAAGGGAAAACAUUAGCUCAUAAUCUACUCAUUGUCAUAGCUUAUGUAAAUAAGGUUUAAAUGCUGUACAUUGUAUACUUCCAGUAUGAAGGCAUUUUAACAAUAUUGGAGGUAAAUGGCUGGCAUUUCCCCAUCAUCUGAAAAGCCUGUCGUAUACUUCCAUGAUGGAUUAGAUUCGGCACGGAGUAAUUGCAGCUGCUGUUUAUUGGGUAUCUACUAUCUGCCAGGCACUACCGGAAAACAUUCUUCAAGGUCCACUGCUAGGACAUGAGUGAGCAGCAGGAAAGGGAGACAGAAGAGGAUGAAGGAAGUACUUCAGACACAGCACCCAUGCUGCCCCGAAGAAGGUCUACUGACUACCAUAUCUCAGUCCUGGUAUGCCCAGGGUGGCCUGUCCUGGCCACCCAAGGCCUCAGGACCCUGUUGCUGCCUGGCCGAGCUCUGGUUGGGUUCCUGUUCCAUCUGCUGCUACCUGGGACAGUCUUCCUGCUGGUACUGCUGCCAGCAGCUGCCAUUGUCUACCUGGGAUUCCUGUGCCACUCAAGGGUUCAUCCAGCCCCGGGGCCACGGUGCCGAGCGCUGCUCUCAGACCGCGGCUCUGCAGCGCUCAUCGUGCUGGGAUUCCUCUCCCUGCCGCCGCUCCUGGUGCUCGCCUCCGCCGCCCGCUCCCUCCUGGCCCGGCGACUACGGCCUGUGCCGCCUACCCCCGCGAGGGCCCCUGCACCGCCGAGAUGCAGCAGCGAAGAGGGUCUGGCGGGCGACAGCCCUGACGAAGAGAAACAGCUCUGUGCCUGGGUCUGAUGCCUCAGAGGCGUCUCGGUGUCGAGAGCCCCGCCUUGACCCCUAUAAAGUGGACGGGUGGAGCGGCUGCCUCUGGGCUCUGAGCGCAGUGCUCGAAGUCGCCAGGAGAUGGCAACCGGAUCCCUUAGACCAGGGUGGCGCUUCUCAGAGGAGGGAGGUGGUCCUCUGAGAAGGUGCCCUGGGCUCUGCUCCCUCACAAAGCGAAUGCCCUCCAUUCCCUCCUGUGCUCAGCAGCCAGCUUUGCGGAUAUCUGUGUCCCCCAAAACAGUGCUAGUUCUAGAAGCUCCAGGAUGACCAGUAACAACCGGAUUUCAUGACUUACCUUGAGACUCAGCUUGAGGACAAGGCUCAUUUGGGUCUAUGGUCAAAAUAUUACCAGGUCAGGUUUCAGGUGAGAUCUAGGAUUAGUAGCUCAGCGGAAGUCCAGGGUCAGCAAUCUGCUUGUUUUUUAAUAUAUACUUUAUUUUAUGUUGAUUGGAGUUUUGACUGCAAGUGUAUCUGUGUAAGGUUGUCUGUCCCCGAGCCCUGGAACUGAAGUUACAGACAGGUGUGAGCUGCAGUAUGGGUACUGGAAAUUGAGCACGGGUCCUCUGGAAGAACAGACAGGGCUCUUAGCCCCCCAAGACUCAGUUUGUUUUCAGGGUCAGGUACCAAUGUGUAUCCAGAACUGGAGCUCAACCUCUGACCAAGGUUCUUUUCUUUUGAGACAGGCAGCAGGGUAAAAGCUCAAUUUAACAGUGUGGGUAAUUUUAAGGUUUGUCUUUGCGUUUGGCAAGCUACAGCUUUACUAACAAUUUCCUAUGUAUGGUUAAAUUAUCAUCCUCCUCCCUGUUUGCUAUCUCCUCUUCCUCCUCCUGCUCUCCUUCUUUCUCUUCUUCUUCCUCCUCCUUCCAGGUUCUCAUCAUGCUAGAACUAGAAUAUCUUAUUUAUUUUAAUUUUUUUUAGUAGUCCUGGGAUGGAAUUCCAAGCCUUAUACAUGUUAGGCAAGCACUCUACCACUGAGCUAUAUCCUCAGCUCUGGAUAUGUUUUUAAAUUUUUGUUUGUUUGUCU